AUGGCAACUGUGGACCAAGAGAAGGUAGACCCGUCGGGCCUGGAAGACCUGUCUCAACAACAGAGUGCGAAGUUCGGUCAAGUCGAGAACCCAAACGUAGAGCCUGGCCAUGAGCUUCACAAGCGCCUCGAAGCUCGCCAUGUUACCAUGAUUGCGCUCGGUGGCGCUCUGGGAACAGGAUUGUUGAUUGGAACUGGCUCUGCCCUCGUCAAGACAGGCCCGGCAGGAAUUCUUAUCGACUACUCCAUCGUCGGCUGCGUCGUCUUCCUCGUCAUGGCCGCCCUUGGCGAGAUCAUCUCCUACAUGCCUCUAUCCCACGGCUUUGGCGGUUACGCUACACGCUUCGUCGACCCGGCCCUUGGCUUCGCAACUGGCUACACAUACUUCUUCAAGUACCUCCUGGCAACGCCGAAUCAGCUCUCCGCUUUCGCUCUUAUCAUGAAGUUCUGGGUUGGUGACCGCGUCAGCCCGGCCGUCUUCAUCACCAUCGCGCUUGUUCUCAUCCUAUUGAUUAACAGCAUCAGCGUUAAAGCGUUUGGCGAGUUCGAAUUCUGGCUGUCGUCCUUGAAGGUUGUCAUCAUGAUCGGCGUCAUACUUCUACUAUUCAUCUUGGCCGUCGGUGGAGGUCCCACCGGCGACCGUCCUGGCUUCAGAUACUGGUCUGACCCAGGUGCCUUUGCUGUAUACAAGGUUGAGGGCGCACAGGGCCGUCUGCUCGGUGUAUGGAGCGCUAUGGUCGCCGCCGUUUACGCCUUCUCCGGCACCGAACUUGUCGGUGUCACUGUAGGAGAGGCCAGGAACCCCCGACUCAGCAUGCCAAAGGCUGUCCGCCUGACGUUCAUGCGUAUUGUCUUCUUCUACGUCAUCUCCGUCUUCUUACUGGGCAUGGUCGUCCCUUAUAACAGCGCCGAGCUUGUCUUCGCAGCUUCAGCCAAGACUAGUGCCGCUGCCUCGCCGUUCGUCGUCGCUAUCACCAUCGCCAAGAUCAAGGGUCUCGACCACGUUAUCAACGGCUGUCUCGUCAUCUUCGUGUUCUCGGCCGCAAACUCCGAUAUCUACAUCUCAUCCCGCACGCUGUACGGUAUUGCUGCUGACGGCAAGGCCCCUCGUAUUUUCACACGUACCACAAAGGCCGGUGUGCCGUUCGUAGCGCUGGGUUUGUGUGGUCUGUUCUGCUGCUUGGCGUACAUGUCUGUCAGUUCCGGCGCGGCAACUGUGUUUGGGUAUCUGACCAAUGUCGUCACUGUUUUCGGCCUGUUGACCUGGAUCUCCAUCCUCGUAUCCCACAUUUGCUUCUGCCGCGCCCGCGAUGCGCAACGUAUCGACCCGGCUUACAUCCCCUACCGCGCUCCCUUUGGAGUGUGGGGCUCCUACAUUGCGCUCGGGUUCCUCAUCAUCUUGACCCUGACCAAGGGCAUUGAGGUCUUUGUGGGCAAGUUUGAUUACAAGAACUUCAUCGUGCAGUACAUCGGUAUCCCCGUGUAUCUGAUCUGCAUUUUUGGAUUCAAGAUUUUCAAGAAGUCGCAACGCGUAUACCCUGCGACGGCUGACUUGGUGACGGGCGUGCCGCAAGAGACGGUGGCUGAAGAGAGGGAGGCAUUUGAGGCCGAGAGGAGAGAAAAAGAGGCGGCGUCAGGAAAUAAGGGCGCACUCGCCAAGAUCUAUCGCAAGGGAUUUGCAUGGCUGUUCUAG